AACGUCCGAACCUAGCCAAACAAGACAACAAUGUCGUUUUCUUUAUUCUGCAGCAUAUUACCCAAAAGAAAAGAAAAAGCGCGUUUUAAGGGAUAAACCAAACAAAACGAACUCCAACACGAUACCCCCAGCUUCGGUUUCUUUGUAUUUGCUUCUGCUUCUUCUUGAGGUUGUUUCGGUGGGUAUUGGUGGUAAUGGCGGACUUGGAGAAGGGAGAGAAGGUGGAAAUGCAGCUGAGAGAUAAGGAGGAGGACCAUGAGGAGAACGAGAGGUUUAUUGAGGGAAUGGCGUUGCUUGACUUUGACAUGCUCUGCUCAACGGUGGCUUUGCAGACUCGGCAGGGAAAAUGGAGUAGCUUCGUGAGCGUUGGACAAGGCGAACAAGAAGACGGAGGGGAGAUAAGCGGGGUCCUCAGGAUGUGGGAGGGUGAGGUCCUCGACUGCUUCCAGGACCGUCGUAUCGCUCUCGAAUCAGCUUGUUGUCCCUGCUACAGAUUUGGAAAGAACAUGAGAAGAGCUGGUUUUGGUUCUUGUUUUGUUCAGGGAUCCGUUUACUUCAUUCUUGUUGUUAGUGCUCUUCUGAACUGGAUUGCCUUUAUUGUCACCAAGCGGCACUACUUUCUCUAUUUGGCACUUGCUUUAACCGUUUGUAUAGGGACAUAUUUGGGCUUUAUCCGCACACAGAUGAAGAAAAGAUUUAACAUCGGGGGCAGUAAUAGUUCCUUGGAUGAUUGCAUCUACCAUCUUAUCUGCCCGUGCUGCAUGUUAUGCCAGAUGACAGCAUUCUAUUUUGUAAGGCCAACUCAUUGGAUUUGGACAGGCUGUCCAUGCUUUUGGCAACAUAUGAAACUGCCUUGGGUCAAAGACUAAACAAAGACCCAUUUACUAAAGCAAGAAUACUAGAGAGGAGUCUAAGCUGAUCAUAACAAGCACAACAAAGGUUAGGGCCACCAAAUCCUAUGAGCAAUACUUGGACUUACCAGCAUUGGUGGGGAGAUUUAGAGUUUCUUCUUUCAAAGGACUUGUUGAUGAAGUGCAGGAUAGGUUGAAUAAUUGGAACACAAAUUUCCUAUCACAAGCAGGCAAGGAGAUUCUUUUGAAAGGUUUGGUGCAAGCUAUCCCCACGUACAACAUGGGCUUGUUCAAACUCCCUAAACUUUUGUUACAAUCUCUCAACAGUGUGAUGAGUAACUAUUAGUGGGGGCAGCAGGCUCAAGAUGCAAGAAUCCACUGGGUAGUUGGCAACAAAUGAGAAGAGCAAAGAAGAAAUGAGAUUUGGGUUUUAGGGAGUUUGAGAAUUUCAAUUCUGCUAUGCUGGCCAAACAAGGGUGGAGGCUCCUUCAACAUCCGAACUCCCUGGCAGCUAAAGUCUUAGAGCUAAAUAUUUCCCAGCUACUGAUUUCCUUAAAGCAAAGCUAGGUAGUAAUCUUUCUUAUAUUUGGCAAAGUUUAUCAUCUGCUAGAAUUUUGUUGGAAGAUGGUCUCUUAUGGAGGAUAGGUAAUGGUGAAACAGUGAGUAUAUGGAUUGAUAAGUGGUUGCCUCAGCAUAACACCCCUCAAAGCUCAAUAAGAUUCUUACAGGCUUACACUAAGGUAUGUAAUCUCAUUGAUUCAGACAACCAUUAGUGGAAGAACUCCUUGCUCAACACCCCUCAAAGCUCAAUAAGAUUCUUACAGGCUUACACUAAAGUAGCAAUCAUAAAAGCCAUCCCUAUUAGUCAUUAUAAAAGGCUAGAUUAUUUGGAGAUGUACUUCAAAGGAUGAAUUUACUGUCAAGAGUGCACAUCAUCUCUAUUGUGAAAUUCCAGAUCGUGGAAAGGGGCAGACUUCAGAUCUAUAAGAUAAACCAGAGGAUUGGAUCAAGCUAUUGCAUCUAUGAUCCCAAAUGCUAAUAAAACCUUUCUUUGGAGAGCUUGCCUUAAUUUCUCCCAACUAAAGUUAAUUUAAACAUAAGAAAAUUGGAUGUUUUUCCUAAAUGUUCAAUAUGUCAACAGUAUCUUGAAAUAGUAGAGCAUAUGCUUUGGGAUUGCAUUGUACCAAAUGAUGUUUUUUUUUGGGGGGGGGGAGGGGGGGGAGACAGUGUGUCAUUAGUAUUCAAAAAUGUGUAACUCAUAGCUAGGUUUUCAAAGAUCAGGUGGAGAAGAUGUUUGCCACUUUAAAUCAACAUGAGAUGGAGGAAUUUACUGUGAUUAGCUGGUUGAUUUGGAAGGGGAGGAAUGAUUUCAUCUUUAACAACAAGUUUACUCAUCC